GACAUGACAAUUUGCCAUCCAGGAUCACACAUUUCAUCUAGAGUGGGGCCAGCCAAGCUAUUUCAGUGGCUACACAUGAUUCACGUCAACUCCAGCAUAUAAAACCAUUCCGUCACUUGCAGCAGCACCACACUGGGUACAACUCUUGACAAUGGAGAAGGAUCCGAUAAGACUGCUGCUUCUCCUGCUGAUUUGUCACCGGGGCUACAGUGCGCCCCGCAAUGUGGCCUGUAAAGUACUGGAACCUUGUGCUAAUGGGGGCACAUGCACGCAGAUAGACGCCGACUACACGUGCACCUGUCCGCCUGGUUUUACGGGUGAUCACUGUACAGUCUACACUGACCUGAAGCUAGACAUCCUGAUUGUAGACGAUGUUUCACGCUCCAUCGGCAAACCCAACUUUGACGAAAUGAAACGAUUCCAAGAGAGUAUGGUAAACUCUACCACCAUAGGCCGUGAUGCUGUUAACGUUGCAUUGAUAGCGUUUUCUUCAAACGCUAGAGUGGUAUUCAGAUUCAAUGAGCAUAGCAACAACAAGUCGGGCGUUCUGGCAGCUCUCAAACAGCAGACAUACGAAGAGGGUCCUUCUACGAACAUCGGCGAUGCCAUCAAGCUGGCUACAAGUACAAUUUUCAACGGCGACCGCAAUGACGCUGACAACAAGGUCAUCAUGUUUACCGAUGGGUACACCACAAGGGAGGACCGGGAGGCCAUUGCUGCCAGUAUUGGUGAUCUGAAAGCCAAAGCUGAGGUAUUUGUUGUUGCUAUCUCCCAAGUAGAUGCCAAUUCCACAAUCCACCUAAUUGCAUCGAGACCUUACUACAUCUUCCCGAUUGGCUCCCCUGAUGCAGUCAGUGCUCUUCUACAGAAGAUGAUGGCUGGUGCUGUCCUGUCGCAGAACAGCUUCGCCCAGCCGCCCAGAAAUGAAAUUUACAAGGGAUGAAAUAGCUGCACUAAAUGUUAUUUCGUAACCAAUAAAUGGUCUGCAU